AUGGCAGGAACGAUGCAGGCGUUACGCGCGGUCAUGUCAAUUGGCCAGCGCCAAAACUUGCGCCAAAUGACAGUACACUCAAAGUGCGUGCAGUUUUCAUCUUCAACUGUGCAAUCAUUAUCAGCUGAGGAAUGGAUGGAGAAUAUCCGAUCGUCGGCGAAAAAGGACGCCUUGGUCAAACGUUCCAAGCUGGCAUCUUUUCUCAAAGCAGUGAAAAAUAGUGAAGAGCUGAAGGCGUCUAAAGAAAUUAUGAGAAUUUAUGAGCAAAAGCGCGUCGAUCCGGACGCUAACGCUGCUGGUUUGUUCGUAAAAAAGGCCCUAGAAUUUAAUGUACCUGAAAUCGCCUUCGACGUGCUGGAGGCAAACUACCGUAUCGGACUAUUUCUAGAACCAUCUACACUUAACAAACUACUGUCCAAGUUUUUGACGGACAGAGAAUUUGACAAGGUUUAUACGCUGUAUGAGAUUGGUCACAACAAAUACAACGUCAGGAGCACGGAACGCACAUACGACAUCCUCGUUCGAGCAGCCAUUGAGGAGGGCGACUAUGAGAAAGCCGUAUCUUUCUUCAAGACAGCGGCGGAGUCGCAGAAACUGCAGCGUGUGACGUGUAAUAACCUUUUAUUUAAGCUAAAAGACAACGCAAUGCAGGACAAGGUUGAGAAGGUGGUAGCACUCAUGAAGACAGCGGGCGUGGAACCGAAUGAAACGACCAAAAAGAUCUUGCCAUAG